AUGUCCCACCCUCAGUGCGCUGAGGUGAGAGUGCUGCCUGAAGACCUUGAUGAAGUGGAUGAGGAAUUUUGUCAGCUCGAAUUCUCCGCCAGGAAAGUGCUGGAUAGCCUCACACCCACUGAAACAGUGACGAGUGAUUGGAGAAGCUGGUCGCCUCUCUCACCAGAUCCUACGCCUCUGGACGAACUGACAUCAAAACCGGCAGGACAGCGAUCUUCAUUUGACGCCAAACUAAGUGACCAUCACGGCCCGCCUCUUGGGCCCACGUUGCCACUUGCUGUAAUUGACACUGAGGCUGAGCCGUUGCCGCUUGGGAAAUGGCAAUCCAAAGACGAAAAGCCGUCCAGACAUGGACAUCAGGAUUUCAAGGCAGGAUCUUCGUCUGAACUGACUUGGGCGGUGCAAACAAGUGACGACUUUGCACAGCGCCAACGACAGGAUUCUAUUGAUUCGUUCAUGUCAGACAAUUCUGCACUCAACGCUAGAAUGGCUCGACACUUGAGUGGGUGCGAUGUCGAACUGUUGUCUAUGUCAAGCGAUCUCUCAAGCGAUGGCUCCUUGUACAGCGUCGAGAGCGACCAUAUUGCGGGCACUAAUCUAGAGUCUGACCCGGUGUGGACGCGACCGUGGAAAUCACAGGAGGGAGUAGUCCCGGGCACUUGGCUCUGUCCACACUGUGAGCAGGGUCUCAAUGUGAACGAGAGCAGACAAACCGCAGCCAUGAGGGAGGAUUACAAAAAGUUGCAAAUACAGCCGCCAUUCGAGAGACUACCUAGUUGGGGGAUCCUGCAGAGAAAGUGUGGCUUGUGUAACAAGAAGGCAUUUUGCAAGCUGUUUCAGCACGGUAAAAAGCAGGAGCAAGGAGGUGAUUCAAUGGCAGACUAA